AUGAACACAAGGCUUGAGAUCCCAGUUUCGCCCCACUUCUUUGGUGAAAAUUUCGUCACUUCUAGACCAGUUAAGGAUUGCAACACUGUUGGUGUAACUUCUCUAGGUCCUUCCAAAACAAUGUUGCUUAGCUUUCCCAAAAUUGGGCAAGAACCCUCUGUUCUUGAGGAACCCGUAAACACUGGCAACAAGAUCCGCGGUCAUCAGCCUUUAAACAAGUGUCCUAAGCCUCCAGAUCCCUCUCUAGCCCAUCAAGCAAACCCAAUGGAAAUCGGGCUAGUGAAGGUGAAGAGGGUGAAGAGGAUGGCAAUGGAGAUCAGUAAAGAAGUGGGUGAUGGUUUUGGGGAGUGUGCACGCCAGGUGUUUGUGCAUUUGUUGUCAGAGAUGAUGGGAGAAUCUUGGGUGUAG